AUGAGACAAGAACGGAGCCGUUUUUUUGUGGUGUUCGCUGUUCUUAUCACUAUUUUGACUAUAUUGUUCGUACAGCAUCGAUUUUUCACAAUAUUUCAUAAUCCGACAUUAUCUAAUGUUGAGUUACAUGAGCAUGCUCGUGUGAUGGCCGUAAACGGUUUAAUUGAUUCGCCAUGUGAUCAUACUCGCCAUAUUUACUAUUGCGCCGGAUACUGUCCAUGGGCUAACACUGACAAGAAUGAACUAGCUUCAUGCUCUUUUCUUCCGCGUGUGCCUAAUCCUGACUUUAUGAAAUAUAAUAUUUAUUGUGUACCUGAUAAGGAUCAAUGCCCGACUUAUGACGCAUGGCGAAAGGAUGACUUGCCACCAACACUCCAACAUAUCAGUCGAAUACCUGAUCAUCUUGUAUCAAAUUUUACGCUCAACUAUUCCAUACCGAUCGAUUAUACCUCUCAGGACUUUCGCACAACUGAUGUUUGGUCUGCCAAUUGGACGAUUGAUUUUAUCGAACAGUACCGUAAACAAGUUCGAGCAAGAGUAGCGUUUGGCACAUACUCAAACAAAGAUAUUUAUCCUGCCUUAGAUAAAUAUGCAUUAUUAGCUAUUACAGGAAAGAGAUGUGCUGUCAUUGGCACUGAAAAUCCAUGGAUCGAAGCAGCAUUACUUGAAUACAAUGCAUCAAGCGUUACUACGAUUGAAUAUGCAACUAUUUACUCGAGUGUUCCUCGCCUAUUCACAAUAACGCCAAUGGAUUUUGUAAGAAAACAGCGAAAUAGUGAGAAUCAGCGACAGAUAUUUGAUAGUAUAUGGUCAUAUAGUAGCAUUGAGCAUGAUGGCCUUGGUCGGUAUCGAGAUCCACUGAAUCCAUAUGGUGAUUUUCAGACAAUGACCAAAUUAACAUGUAUCCUGAAGCCUGGUGGAUUUUUGUUUUUGGGCGUACCGCUGAACACUCAAGAUUUUAUUCAGUUCAAUUUGCAUCGCCUAUAUGGACCCAUUCGACUACCACUUCUAUAUAGAAAUUUUCAUGUUAUUGAACUCUUAGGUUCAGGAAUGUCAACGAUUAAAGGCAGCUAUAAUUCUCAGCAUUUUGUUGUGUUGCAAAAUAAAGUAGGAUGCACAAAUAAAUAG